AUGCUCGGCUUUCAGGUUCUUCUUGUCGCCCUCCAGGCGUGGGCGAUCACCGCUGCUCCUCUCCUCGUCGCUCGCCAAAAGGAUACCAUCACCACCGCUCUCGGCAUGGUCCAGACCUCUCUCCAGAAGCUCGAUACCGCCGUCAAGGGAAUCUCCGCCAACGACGCCAACUCUGUGGCUCCUGUUCUCACCGCGGCUCAAGGUUCUCAAGAUGCUCUUACAAAGGCCACCUCCAUGAUCGACAGUGCCGACAGCGUUGGUCUCUUUGGCGCACUUGGCCUCCAGCAGACUGCCGGCGACCUCGUCACGCAGGUCCAGACUACCCUCGGCGACCUCUCGCAGAAGAAACCCGUGUUCGAUCAGCUUGGUGUCAGUUCCGUCGUUAAGGAUGCUCUUAUGCAACAAAAGACUGGCAGUGGCGCGCUCGGUGACACCCUACUCGGCAAGGUCCCUGCCAUCGCCCGCCCGAUUGCGCAACAGAGCACUGGUCAACUUGCGGAGGCUUUGGAUAGCGCUAUUGCGACGUUCUCAGCAUAG